AUGCCUUUUUCCAUCAGUCUCUCCUCCAAAAGCCUUUUGGGGUUCUUCACAUUCUUGUCUCUUCAAGGUCAUGCCCGCUGCGCACUCUCAAUACAGACGAUGGCCCCGCGGCUGUUUGUAUCGGUUGAAGACAGCAACCCCCAGACCAUAACGGCUGUUCCAUCGUUUGCUCCCACAGUUGAUGAGAGAGACGAUAUCAAAGACGAACAGAUCGGGGCGUACUUUUCCAGACCUGGUGUUGAUAAUUAUUGGGAUCCUCCUAUCCCAGCAACGUGGUAUCGCACUACCUGGCCUAACAAUAACACCAUCGUCUGCGACACCUACAUCGAAACCAACUUCCACAACAUUGUCAACCUCGACAAGUGUCAUAGGAAGCCAAGCAGCUAUUACACCGAUUUCAAUCGACAGCCGGACUGCGACAUCAAGAACAACAUUUGGAUUUGGGCUUGGGUCCACGUCAGCUGCGCCGUCAGCAACCGCAUCUGGAACUUCAGCUGGCUCGCGACAAAUCCGCCCGAUGUUGAGCCUCGGUGGCAUCUGCUCAAUCAGUGUCCUUUUGAU